AUUGUUAUUGACAAUGGCUCCGGCAUAUGUAAAGCCGGUUUCGCUGGCGAUGAUUACCCACGCGCUGUGAGUAACUUAUCCCAUUAUUUUGGAGAAUUUACAACCGAUUUCAUCAAAUCAAAUAUGGUUUUCCCUUCUAUUGUAGGCCAUAAUAAAAUGGUUGGCAUGGGUCAGAAAGAUUCAUACGUAGGAGAUGAAGCACAAUCCAAACGUGGUAUUCUUACUUUUAAAUAUCCUAUUGAACACGGUAUUGUGACAAAUUGGGAUGACAUGGAAAAAAUUUGGCAUCAUACAUUUUACAACGAACUUCGUGUUGCUCCCGAAGAACAUCCUGUGCUCUUGACUGAAGCGCCUCUCAAUCCUAAAUCUAACCGUGAGAUGAUGACUAAAAUUAUUUUUGAAAAGUUUAAUGCGCCUGCUUUUUUUGCCGUUCUUUCAUUGUAUGCAUCUGGUCGCACCACUGGUAUUGUUCUUGAUUCUGGUGAUGGUGUCACUUGUACUGUACCAAUCUAUGAAGGUUACGCUCUUCCCCAUGCUAUUCUCCAUAUCGAUUUGGCUGGUCGUGAUUUGACCAACUAUCUUAUGAGGAUUUUUAUGGAACGUGGUUAUUCAUUAAUGACAACUACCGAACGUGAAAUUGUUCGUGACAUUAAAGAAAAACUUUGUUAUGUUGCUUUGGAUUUUGAGCAAGAAAUGCAAACUGCUGCUCAAUUGGAGAGAUCUUAUGAAUUGCCAGACGGUCAGGUUAUUAUUAUUGGUAACGAAGCACUUUUCCAACCUUAUUUCUUGGGAAAUAAAGCUGAUGGUAUUCAUGAAACUAUUUAUGAAUCUAUUAUGAAAUGUGACGUUGAUAUUCAUAAAGAACUUUAUGGAAAUAUUGUUCUUUCUGGAGGCACUACUAUGUAUCCUGGAAUUGCAGAUAGAAUUCUUAAGGAAAUUAUAGCAUUAGCACCUUCUAGUACGCCACUAUCUAGAAUUAUUAUCAUCUCUGUUGUCGCCCCCCCAGAACGUAAAUAUUCUGUCUGGAUUGGUGGUUCUAUCUUGGCUUCA